UAUUGUCAGAAAAUUAUAUUCAAAAAAUUUAUUUCUAGUUUAAAUCAGAGUGGGUUUGGUUACGAGUGCGCAACCUAACAAUUUGUACCAAAAAUUUUAGUUCAUUUGAGAAAUUUUCCGUCAGAUUCUUUUAUCAUUUCGUUUUAAAAUGUUUUCCCGCCGCUAUAGACGCCCCACAUCAAACCAAAAUGAGGCUGAGCAAUUCAUGAAUACAAGCCUUGGCCGCAUGCUGUAUUAUACAGGUAAUUUGGUGCCUUUUACUCGUCAGGUUAUUGUAAUAAAUGCAGCCGUUGAACCGAAUCUGUACGAUGCAAAAAUUUUUGAUAAGCUCAAUAUUGGAGAGAUUCUUUCACGAACUACGUGUGAUAUGGCAGCGAUUCAUAGAAUGCAGCACAUCACAGAGUAUACUCUCUUCGAAUGUGUUAUCUUAAACCAUUAUAUAACAGAUGAGAUCGCUGUCGAAUUGGCGCUUAGAGUUACUACUUACAAUGGUUUAUCGCAGCCGUCACGGAUCCAACAGGAACAUGCGUACACCAUUAUACCAUCUGAUGACGAGAGUAUUGAUGUACAGCCGGAGGAGAAUAAUGAAUACAUGGCUGAGUUUUUGCGAGAUGUAGAUACUGCUGACGAAAUAUCUAAUGCAGACCAAGUUGAAGAGGCAGAACCAGUAUUUGAUUUACACCAUCAAGGCCAAUACAACUUAUUUAUGCAGGAUGAGGUUGCUAUAAACGGUGUUAAUGUUCCAUAUGUAGUUCCAGGGCAAUCGCACUCAACAGCAGUAGAGGCGAAUACUCUUACAAACCAACAGCGGGCACAGCGUGUAUAUGAACUAUGGAAACAACUAUUGGCAAAGGGUCGUUUACCAACUGCGUUCGAAGACAACGGUGGGUCCGAUCCUGAUGCAAUUAUAAAGCAUUAUGAAAAAUUGCUGGCAGAAUGCGAUGAAAUGAACAGCAAUAUUGCAGAACCCGCAUCAGAGUCACAUUCUGUAGUAUCCCAAGAUUCAUUUAACUUCGAUGAUUACUUCUCAGCUGAUUAUGGUGAUGAUUAUGAAGUCGACGCAGCUACUUUAAGAGAUGUGGUGGAUGAAGGUCUUUACAACUUUUACUUCCUCACUGAUAGUAGCGAAGGAGAAGACUCUUUGUUUGACUAGUCAUAGAGAAAAAACAAAGGGUAAUUCUAAAAACCACCAAAAAAAAUUCAAUGCAAACAAUAUUCUACAUAUAUGAUGAGUGUGAUGGCGGCGUAGUAAAUAAGAUGAUGAAGGAUUCGAAUUUUAAUGUUAAGAAUGGCAAGUUUAAAAUAUUAAUUAAAUUUAGAAAUUUGGAAGUGUUGGAAUAGGUACUAAAUUGACUGGUACGUAUUUUUCGUGAGAAGUGUAUUAUACUAUGGUAUGUUUUGAACUCCACAGAGGACAUGCAGCUUGAAGUAAAAUUUUAUAGUUUUUACAACCCAAAAAAAUAUUUUAAAGUCAUUUUAAGUAUCGAAUACCCCCAAAUUUGUUAGUACCAAAUAUUUGAAACAUUUUUGAACUUGUCUAAAUAAAUCAAUUGUUAAACUAAAGUGUAUUACAUA